AGAUGAGGAUGCAGGUAGUUGUGGUGGGGGUGAGUAGGUUUUUAGGAUCACACUCAAUAACUUAGGCUUUUUUACUCGGUUAGAUGAGUUCUUUGCUGAGAAUGAUAGAUAGCCAUGGUAAAUGGGUGCUGGUGUGGAACAGCAGUGGUAAGGACUGUAACUGGAAGCUGACUACCGACUCCAGUAUGAUUGUUGUGGAGCCCAGCUGAGGAUGGUGACCAGAAUUUGUACUGAUAUCAGCCUUCAAGUUUCGAUGCUACUCUCCAGUGGCUGAGACCAACUCACAGGGGAAACUGGGUAGGGGUUUGGGGUUUGCCAAAACGCUUGAGGAAAGGGAGUGCAGAAUUUAAUUAAAGUAGCACCUCACUCAGAGGUUCAUCUCCCUUCUCACCGCCCCUGCCAAGCCCAAUCGCAGUCAGCAGGUUUUGGUCUGUUUUCUCACCUAUCCGCGCAAUACUCAUAGCAGGACAAAAUGAUGGAUAAUGCCAGCCAAGCAGAACAAGAUGGGGCUUGGUAACUUUAUUUGCAGCAGCCUCUGCAACGCAAACCUUGAAGGAAAAGAUUACCUAUAGCGCUGACAUCACUUGCUCUCGGUGAGACACUACCAAAUGCUUGACAAACAAUUUUACUUCAUCUUCAAAGAACUACCUGUGAGACUCAUGAAAUGGCCACAGAUGAUAAGACUUCCCCAACAUUGGACUCUGCUAAUGAUUUGCCUCGAUCUCCUACUAGUCCUUCUCAUCUCACCCACUUUAAACCUUUGACUCCUGAUCAGGACGAACCUCCUUUUAAAUCAGCAUAUAGUUCUUUUGUAAAUCUCUUUCGAUUUAACAAAGAGAGAGCAGAAGGGGGCCAAGGAGAGCAGCAGUCUCUGAGUGGAAGUUGGGCCAGCCCUCAGCUCCCCUCAAGAACGCAAUCUGUGCGGUCACCUACACCUUAUAAAAAACAGCUUAAUGAGGAACUCCAGCAGCAGUCUUCAGCAGUAUUAGAUAACACUUUGCAACACCUACAGGAGAACACAGACACAAGAAGGAAAGCAGAACCUACUUUUGGAGGUCAUGACCCUCGUACAGCUGUUCAGCUUCGAAGUCUCAGCACAGUAUUAAAACGUCUCAAGGAAAUCAUGGAGGGGAAAAGCCAGGAUAGUGAUCUGAAGCAAUAUUGGAUGCCGGAUAGCCAGUGUAAAGAGUGCUAUGACUGUAGUGAGAAGUUUACCACGUUUAGGCGCAGACACCAUUGCCGACUGUGUGGGCAGAUUUUCUGCAGCCGUUGUUGUAAUCAAGAAAUCCCCGGAAAAUUUAUGGGCUAUACAGGGGACCUCCGAGCUUGCACAUACUGUAGAAAAAUAGCUUUAAGUUAUGCUCAUUCCACAGACAGUAAUUCCAUUGGGGAAGACUUGAAUGCUCUUUCAGAUUCUGCUUCCUCUGUGUCUGUACUUGAUCCAAGUGAACCCCGAACCCCUGUUGGGAGUAGAAAAACCAGCCGCAACAUAUUUUUAGAGGAUGAUUUUGCCUGGCAAAGUUUGAUUCAUCCAGACUCCUCAAAUACUGCUAUUUCAUCAAGACUCGUAUCUGUUCAAGAGGAUGCUGGGAAAUCUCCUGCUCGUAAUAGAUCAGCAAGCAUUACUAACCUGUCACUGGAUCGAUCUGGUUCUCCCAUGGUACCUUCGUAUGAGACAUCUGUCAGUCCCCAGGCUAGCCGCACGUAUGUUAGAGCAGAGACCACUGAGGAUGAACGCAAAAUUCUUCUGGACAGUGUUCAGUUAAAGGACCUGUGGAAAAAAAUCUGCCAUCACAGUAGUGGAAUGGAGUUUCAGGAUCACCGUUACUGGCUGAGAACACAUCCCAACUGCAUUGUAGGAAAGGAGUUAGUCAACUGGUUAAUCCGAAAUGGGCACAUUGCUACAAGGGCACAAGCAAUAGCAAUUGGACAAGCAAUGGUUGAUGGCCGUUGGCUGGACUGUGUCAGUCAUCAUGAUCAACUUUUCAGGGAUGAAUAUGCGCUGUACAGACCACUGCAGAGUACAGAAUUUUCUGAGACCCCUUCUCCUGACAGUGACUCAGUGAACUCUGUGGAAGGACACUCUGAACCAUCCUGGUUUAAAGACAUCAAGUUUGAUGACAGCGACACAGAACAGAUAGCUGAAGAAGGUGAUGAUAAUCUGACCAAUUCUGCCAGUCCUAGCAAGCGCACAUCAGUCAGCAGUUUCCAGUCCACAGUGGACAGUGACUCAGCCGCUUCUAUCAGCCUGAACAUGGAGCUGGACAACGUGAACUUCCAUAUCAAGAAGCCCUCCAAGUACCCACAUGUGCCCCCUCACCCUGCUGACCAAAAAGAGUAUUUGAUUUCUGACAGUGGAGGACAACAGCUCUCAAUAAGUGACGCCUUCAUCAAAGAAUCCUUAUUUAACCGUCGAGUUGAGGAAAAGUCUAAAGAGUUGCCUUUCACACCUUUGGGUUGGCAUCACAACAACCUGGAGCUGCUGAGGGAGGAGAAUGGAGAGAAACAAGCCAUGGAGAGGUUGCUCUCAGCUAAUCAUAACCACAUGAUGGCACUACUCCAACAGUUGCUUCAUAAUGAGUCAUUGUCACCAUCUUGGAGGGACAUUAUUGUAUCACUAGUCUGUCAGGUUGUUCAGACAGUCCGACCUGAUGUCAAGAACCGGGAUGACGACAUGGAUAUCCGUCAGUUUGUCCACAUCAAAAAAAUCCCAGGUGGAAAGAAAAUUGAUUCUGUGGUUGUCAAUGGAUUUGUUUGUACCAAGAAUAUCGCACACAAGAAGAUGAAUUCUUGUAUUAAAAACCCCAAAAUUCUUCUGUUGAAGUGUUCCAUUGAGUAUCUCUACAGAGAAGAAACCAAAUUUACUUGCAUUGAGCCUAUUGUACUUCAGGAAAGGGAAUUCUUGAAGAAUUAUGUUCAGCGAAUAGUUGAUGUUCGACCCACAUUGGUUCUCGUUGAGAAAACAGUAUCUCGGAUUGCCCAAGACAUGUUGCUGGAACAUGGCAUUACUUUGGUCAUUAAUGUAAAAUCACAAGUUUUAGAACGAAUCAGUCGGAUGACCCAAGGUGAUUUAGUAAUGUCAAUGGACCAGCUGCUUACAAAACCCCACCUGGGUACCUGUCACAGAUUUUAUAUGCAGAUGUUUCAGUUGCCCAAUGAACAAACCAAAACACUGAUGUUUUUCGAAGGCUGUCCACAGCACCUAGGCUGUACCAUCAAGCUCAGAGGAGGCUCUGACUAUGAGCUGGCUCGAGUUAAGGAGAUCCUAAUAUUUAUGAUCUGUGUAGCUUACCAUUCUCAACUGGAAAUCUCCUUCCUCAUGGAUGAAUUUGCUAUGCCUCCUACAUUGGCACAAAACCCUUCCUUCCAUUCUCUGAUUGAGGGGCAGGAGGGUGAAGGGGCUGCACAGGAGUCAUUUAGAGGAAGUCCCCUCCUGCGGGAGCCUGACUUCCCUCCAGAGUUUCUGCCCUCCGACGAGGGCAGUUUGCUGGAGUCAAGGAUUGUGUUCGAGAAGGGUGACCAGGAAAAUAAACGCGUUCCCCAGGAUGUUGCCUCUCUGAAGCAUCAAGAGUAUGCCCCAACAGCUUACCUGGCAGGCAUCCCCCGUGCAAUCCUUCCGUCUGCCCCUGAAUUAUUGUUGCCACUCCAUGUGGACGACCAACAGGAUGCCCUAGGUGAGGAGCAGCUGGAGACCUUGCAACAGGCGGAUGAGCUACAGGAUCCUAAAAGCCAGAUGAGAGCCUUUAGAGACCCUCUACAGGACGACACUGGAUUGUAUGUCACUGAGGAGGUUUCCUCUUCCGAAGAUAAACGGAAGACUUUUUCUUUGGCCUUCAAACAGGAGUUAAAAGACGUGAUCCUCUGUGUCUCCCCAGUAAUCACAUUCCGGGAGCCCUUCCUUUUAACUGAAAAGGGGCUGAAAUGCUCCACCCGAGAUUAUUUUGCAGAGCAGGUUUACUGGUCUCCUCUCCUCAAUAAGGAGUUCAAAGAAAUGGAGAGCAGGCGGAAGAAACAGCUGCUAAGGGAUCUCUCGGGCCUUCAGGGCAUGAAUGGAAGUGUUCAGGCCAAGUCUAUUCAAGUCUUGCCCUCUCAUGAGCUAGUGAGCACUAGAAUUGCUGAGCAUCUAGGUGAUAGCUGCAGCUUGGGUAGAAUGCUGGCGGAUUAUCGGGCCAGAGGAGGAAGAAUUCAGCAAAAAAACUCAGACCCUUUUGCUCAUUCAAAGGAUGCAUCAGGCACUUCAAGUGGCAAAUCAGGAAGCAAAGCUGAGGGUGAGGAAGAGAAAGGGCUGAUUCCCAGUGAUGCUGUGUGGUCGGCGAAGGUGGACUGCCUGAAGCCUGAUAACCACCAGAGACUGUGCGUGCUCUUCAGCAGCUCCUCUGCCCAGUCCAGCAACGCCCCCAGUGCCUGUGUCAGCCCUUGGAUUGUGACAAUGGAAUUUUAUGGAAAGAAUGAUCUUACAUUAGGAAUAUUUUUAGAAAGAUACUGUUUCAGGUCUUCUUAUCAGUGUCCUAGCAUGUUCUGUGAUACUCCCAUGGUGCAUCACAUUCGGCGCUUUGUUCAUGGCCAAGGUUGUGUGCAGAUAAUUCUGAAGGAAUUGGAUUCUCCAGUACCUGGAUAUCAACAUACAAUUCUCACCUAUUCCUGGUGCCGAAUCUGCAAACAAGUAACACCAGUUGUUGCUCUUUCCAAUGAGUCCUGGUCUAUGUCAUUUGCAAAAUACCUUGAACUUAGGUUUUAUGGGCAUCAGUAUACUCGCAGAGCCAACGCUGAACCAUGUGGUCACUCCAUCCACCAUGAUUAUCACCAGUAUUUCUCCUAUAAUCAGAUGGUGGCGUCGUUCAGUUAUUCUCCCAUUCGACUUCUUGAAGUAUGUGUUCCACUCCCCAAAAUAUUCAUUAAACGUCAGGCCCCAUUAAAGGUGUCCCUUCUUCAGGAUCUGAAGGACUUCUUUCAAAAAGUUUCACAGGUGUAUCUUGCUGUUGAUGAAAGGCUUGCAUCUUUAAAAACCGAUACAUUUAGCAAAACAAGAGAGGAAAAAAUGGAAGAUAUCUUUGCACAAAAAGAGAUGGAAGAAGGCGAGUUCAAGAACUGGAUUGAGAAGAUGCAAGCAAGGCUCAUGUCUUCCUCGGUAGAUACCCCUCAACAACUACAGUCAGUCUUUGAGUCACUCAUUGCCAAGAAACAAAGUCUCUGUGAAGUGCUACAAGCUUGGAAUAAUAGGUUGCAGGACCUUUUCCAGCAGGAAAAGGGUAGAAAGCGACCGUCAGUUCCUCCAAGUCCUGGAAGACUAAGACAAGGGGAAGAAAGCAAGAUAAGUGCAAUGGAUGCAGCUCCACGGAAUGUUUCUCCAGGACUUCAAAAUGGAGAAAAAGUUUGUUUUUCUUCAGAGGACCGCUUCUUAACGACCCUGUCCAGUCAGAGCUCCACGAGUUCGACUCAUCUGCAGUUGCCUACUCCACCUGAGGGCAUGCCUGAGCAGGCGGUGGGAGGGCCCCCUGAGCUUGAUACAGCCAGCAGUUCUGAAGAUGUUUUUGAUGGACAUUUACUGGGAUCCACAGACAGCCAGGUGAAGGAGAAAUCAACCAUGAAAGCCAUCUUUGCAAAUUUGCUUCCAGGAAAUAGCUAUAACCCUAUUCCAUUUCCUUUCGAUCCAGAUAAACACUACUUAAUGUAUGAACAUGAACGGGUUCCCAUUGCAGUCUGUGAGAAGGAACCCAGCUCCAUCAUUGCUUUUGCUCUCAGCUGUAGAGAAUACCGAAAUGCCUUAGAGGAAUUAUCCAAAGUAACUCUGAGGAACAGUGUGGAAGAAGGGCCUCCAGUGAACAGUAUUUUAGACAGCAGACCAAAGAGUAGCAGUCCUAUAAGAUUACCUGAGAUCAGUGGAGGACAGACAAACCGUGCAGUAGAAACAGAACCACAGCCAACCAAAAAGGCUUCUGGAAUGUUGUCCUUCUUCCGAGGGACAGCAGGGAGAAGCCCUGAUCUCUCUUCCCAGAAGAGAGAGACCUUACGUGGAGCAGAUAGUGCUUACUACCAGGUUGGGCAGACGGGCAAGGAGGGGACCGAGAAUCAAGGCAUUGAGCCUCAAGAUGAAGUGGAUGGAGGAGAUACACAAAAGAAGCAACUCACAAAUCCUCAUGUGGAGCUUCAAUUUUCUGAUGCUAAUGCCAAGUUUUACUGUCGGCUCUACUAUGCGGGAGAGUUUCAUAAGAUGCGUGAAGUGAUUCUGGGCAGCAGUGAGGAAGAUUUUAUUCGUUCUCUUUCCCACUCGUCGCCCUGGCAGGCCCGAGGAGGCAAAUCAGGAGCUGCCUUCUAUGUAACUGAAGAUGAUAGAUUCAUUUUGAAGCAAAUGCCUCGUCUGGAAGUCCAGUCUUUCCUUGACUUCGCACCUCACUACUUCACUUAUAUUACAAAUGCUGUUCAACAAAAGAGGCCCACUGCAUUGGCCAAAAUUCUUGGAGUUUACAGAAUUGGUUAUAAGAAUUCUCAGAACAACACCGAGAAGAAGUUAGAUCUUCUUGUCAUGGAAAACCUUUUUUAUGGGAGAAAGAUGGGACAGGUUUUCGAUUUGAAGGGUUCACUUAGGAAUAGAAAUGUAAAAACUGAUACCGGGAAAGAGAGUUGUGAUGUAGUCCUGCUGGAUGAAAAUCUCUUAAAGAUGGUUCGUGACAACCCUCUGUAUAUCCGUUCUCAUUCCAAGGCUGUGCUGAGAGCCUCGAUCCGUAGCGACUCUCACUUUCUUUCUAGCCACCUCAUUAUAGAUUAUUCUUUGCUGGUUGGGCGAGAUGAUACCAGCAAUGAGCUGGUAGUUGGAAUUAUAGAUUAUAUUCGAACAUUUACGUGGGACAAAAAGCUUGAGAUGGUUGUGAAAUCAACAGGGAUUUUAGGAGGACAAGGUAAAAUGCCAACUGUGGUCUCUCCAGAGCUGUACAGGACUAGAUUUUGUGAAGCAAUGGACAAGUAUUUCCUGAUGGUACCAGACCACUGGACAGGCUUAGGUCUGAACUGCUGAAAUGAAGCACAUAUUUUGAAAUGGACUGUGAAGGAAGGGGGCUGGAACAAAGGACCAAAAAUAAGUUACAUGAUUUCUUUCUUCAUCACAUCACCACUGUAUGCCAGGCUCUUUCAUUCUGUGGCUGUGUAGGUCUGUAACUGAAGGGUUAAAACUUCAUGGAUUUGUACUUUGAUUUUGAUACUUACAAAUUAGCUAUCCGUAGGCUGGGAAGUUGCCUGAACAUUUUUUCACUUAAGCUAAAAUACAGACAUAUUUUAAAAGCCUAAGAGAUGGUUAGAGAUGAGGAGAUAGGGUGAAAAAUAGGUUGUCUUAUUUGCUAACAGUCCUGUUAUAAAAACAGUCUCACAGAUUGUGACUCUCUUGUUAUGAUGUUUGUCACAUUCGUUACUUAGCAUUUAUAGAGCUGGUGAUUCGUUUUGUGUUUCUUAGGUAGCAGUUUAAUGUUGCCUAGGUAGAAUUUCUGAAACCUUGAAAAAAUUCUGAAUUAUUCUAUUAAUGGCCAGUUGAACAGAAUGACACAACCUGUUCUUGUUUUAUUGAGGAAUUUGAGUUAAAUUGGGAUUCCUGUCAUGUUCUGUUUUCAAGUAUGUUUGAUGUUUUCAAGUUCUGUUUUUAUUUGUCUGUGGGUGACAGGAGACUAUAGCCAUUAACUUUAGGCCUUUUUCUGGAGCUAUUUUUUAAGCUUCUUUAUAAUUUAAUAUGUUACACUGCACUUAUCUGCAUAUGCUCAUAUUCUAGGGUUUUUCCCUCACUUUUCAGGGAAACAUUAGUAUAUGAGUCCAGUGAGUAAAUACGCAAAAGGAAAAUUAUUAAUGAAGGAUUUUUCUUAAUGUUAAAAAUAAAUGAGACCCGAUUAAAGACAUUGGGUGAGAGGGAAGCACUUGCUUGCUUUUUUUGGUAAAGAUGAAGUCUUUUUCAAUAUAACCAGCGAUUUAAGUGGCAUCUGUAAAAUUAAGUUUCCAGUGUGGACAUCCAUCCCUUAACUGUCUGUACCAGUUUCUAGGCAAGUUCUGACUAUUGAGAAAUACUAAGAGACAAAAUAUUCUUAGUAAAGAACUUCUUGUUUGAUAGAGUUUUCAUUUGUUUAAAAAGUGAUCAGAAGUACUAAAGUCUCUCUGAGGAAAUAAGAUAACCCCAAAUAUUUCCUCUUGGCCUCUUUCCCUAACAGGGAUAAUUUGGGGAUUUAUAAAGUUUUCUAAAGUUCUACUCUUUUCAGGCUUCCUAUGUAGCACAUUUCUAUGAUAACUUUCAUGUAGUAAGAUAAAGAAAUCUGGAUACAUUCCAGUUACAGACACUGUAAAUACAUGAAACAGGAAUAUUUUGGAAAGUUUUGCUUUAAAUAAUGGAAGUAUUAGUUUGGUGUUAGAAAUGUGGUUUGUUUUGAAUUAGACCCAAAUUGACCAAGGACUUAUGAAUGAUUUGAUAAGCACUUCUUUUAAGAAAAAAGAAAAAAGAUGUGGUGUGCCUUUUGAAAACCUAGAAAACACUGGUGAUUUUUUUUUUAUAUUAAAGACCAGUAAAGAAGUUGUACAGGAGUGAAAAAUAUGUGCAACAUUCUUUAGAGUUCAUAUGUGUUCAAGAACAAUGGAUUUUGCAUCUCAUUUUGAAUGCAAACCCUGUUUUGUCUCUGAUCAUUUUUUCCAUCUAGAUGCUUAGGGGUAUUUAUCCUGUCCAUUUCCUGCACCCCAGUCAUGAAUACUUCAAGCAGGAAGUGUCUUCCCCUAGCUCUGAUAAGGUUGUUUUUUUUUUUAAUCUUAAUACUGUGUGACUCGCUUGGGUCGGUCCUCCAUUGGAAUAGCUCCUGACAAUAAUGUGUCAGGUUGAUUUUGUUUUCCUUUCCCGAACUUGAAGAACUGUUUUUUAAAGUAGUGCUGCUGCUUAGAUAGUUUUGUGGCUAAAAACAGUUCCAGUCUAAUCUGAAGCAAUACUUGCUGCCUUGGAAGGGGGAUCUGUCCUUUUACAACUAUCUUAAUGAAAGGGAAAUAUACAAUUUAAUUUGUGAGUGGCAGAACUAUGUCCCUGGCCCCUUGCUACUCUUGGUUAGGCCACUACCACAUAUGUAAGGUGUUUCAAAUAUUGUGCUACUCAUUGUUAAGCUUUAACUCUCUUAAAUUCCCUUUCAAGCCCUGGAGAAUAGUAAUGCUGAAAAAUUGAGAAUGAGGAAGAAAUCUUAAUACUUUCUUUCUUAGAGUAAAAUAUGAAUACUGAGAAUAACUGAAAGUAGCACAGAAAAGUUAUGUGUACAUGUUGCAUUGUAUAAAAGUCUUAUUUACAAAAAUGAAAUUUUUUUUGAUGCUGUCAAAACUUUUUUAAGAAGUGAAAAGGAUUUACUUUUUUUUAACCCAAGCCUGUUGAAUAUUUAAAAUUUGUAGAUAUUCAAAAUUUCCUACAAAAUGUCCUUUGUAUAAUUUUUUCCUUGAUUCAGCAAUGAGGGUUUUCUAGCUUUGGCUUUUAUUGGGUAUUAUAAAUAGUAGGGUUGUGUUGGUUUUUGUGGCAGCAGUUUCCCCUUGGCGUUUUACCCAUUAGCAGUGGGCUUGUGUAAAACUGCCAAGGAAAGUAAUCUACCUGUAGAAAGCUCGCUUAACUAGCAGAGUGAAAACUGUUGUGAAUGAGCCUUAUGGUGAAACAGGCCAUUCAUUAUUUCCCAAGUGUUAAUUUAACAUACUGAUUCAUGCAGUAUUCAAACCAUCUAGUGCAAUGCCUUUUUUUGUUUUUGUAACACAGGUGCAGUGUAUUAUAGAAAAACAAAAAUUAUAGUCAUGAGCAGUUUUAUGCUGCGUGCUGAUUUUGUAAAAAAAUGUACAUUAUGUCUUUUGACAGGUUUAAUUUUAACUAGAGAAAUGACAUUGUAAAUCAUAAUAGCCUCUUUUAACUUAAUAUGAAAAAUUCAGUUAACAAUAUUGAAAAUACUCAAUGUAUUAUAUUGUAUAUAUUUCUCUACUUUGGUUCCAGCUGUUUUUUUUAUAUGAUUGACAUGUUAUUUAAGAGAUAAAACUGCCUUGAACUUUUGGAGACUGUAAAUAAAGAGGACUUCAGCCUUUUC